GAGGCAAGUGCUGAUGAGGUCGACGCAAUAGAAACGUCAAAACUUUGUGUGAAAGAAUUUGCUGAUUUUACAAAAGGAUGAAAAAUGUUGAAAUUCGUGGAUAAUACCUUUGUCUGUCGUGUAUGUUCUGGACGUGGGGAGCACGAGAUAUCUUUCCCAAUCCCCUUUUACCUUCACGAGACCCCCAAUGAAGUGAGAUUGUGGCGCAAACCAAUCCGGAUACUCUUGGAGGAAAUUCUCCAUAUUCCCGUGCGGCCAGAUGAUGGACUUCCACAGAGAAUGUGUACUGUUUGUAUUUCCUACAUGAAACACGCCAUAACGUUCCGGAAUCAGGCGCUUGCAUGUCGCCUGAGGCUCCUACCGACAAAACUUCUCUGUCACAAAGUUGGAGCUGAAGUGGAGACAAAGGGAAGCUCCCUGGGCGUGGGAUCCACAAGUCAACUGCCAAUGAAUCUGGAGGAUCGCAAUGAUAAUCGCAAGAUGGGCAGCAAUGUCAAUAAACUCCAGAACAAAGUUAAAUUCCAAGAUACCUCCAUCAUUCCGGACAUUACGCACGUCGGCGGGAAUUCCCGCGGGUUCUUUAGCUACCAACAGAAGGCCUUUGUGGAGGAUGAUGUGACGGAAAUGCCCUUCUUCGAUGGGGAGAAUUUCACUGCAAAUCCUCCGGAAAAGUUGAGUGAGCGCAAAUGCCGCUACUGCCGGAUGCGCUUUAUGUUUGAGGAGACUUACGAUGAGCACACAUCAGUGUGUAUUCACAGGAGAUUCGCAAUCUUCAUCAAUCAAUGCAAUCAGGUGUAUGAGAUGAAGAUUGAGGGAACAAUAACGCCGCAUGAAUUCAUCCGGAGGAUGGUGUUUUUGUUGCAAACCAAUCAGGAUAUUCUCGAUAGGCUUCAGGCUUGUGAGAAGAAGAUAACCCAGAGGGAUGAAAGGUUGGAGGGUCUCAAUAACGAAGGGGUUCAAUCACCUGAGGAACGACAGUCUCCCGAUGAGCUACAAUCCCCAGAUGACCGUCAAUCGCCCGAAGAGCUACAAUCCCCGGAUGAAUGUCAAUCCCCGAAUGAACUUCAAUUUUCCGAAGAAGAAUUUCUCGUAAAUGACAUUGAAGAUGACCAGAGGAGCCCAUCUGUUGAGAUUCUGGAAGAAAUAAUUGUAAAUCUUGAGGAGAAGAGCAGUACAGGCACAGAGAGCCCUGAGAGUAGCCCAGAGCCCCCCGAUGAACCCAUUGAACUAAAGAAAGUAAUCUGCUCAACAUGUGGAAGUGGCUUCCUCACCAUCUCCCACUUGGAUAUCCACAGAAUCCACUGUUCAAAGUAAAGAAGAAAAAAAAAAGACAGAAAGAUCUCAUCCAGGCAGCUGAAGAGCUUAACAAAGUGACUCAGGAAUAGAGAUUAACCGCAGAAAAGGUAAAAGAAAAUCACUUUUUAUUUAUUCUUGCUACAAAGUACAGUGGUGGAAAGAAAAAUAGGUCCAAAAAAAUCUUAAUGUUGCUGGGGAAUCCAAAAAGUAUCCUAUUAUCUUAAUUUUUUAUUUAAAAAUUUCCACAUUAAUACAUUUUAUUCCUUCCAUUGAAUAUUUAGAAAACAAACAUUUAAAUUCGAUUUAAUUUAAUUGAAUUUUUCACUAAUUUUGGUUUUUGUAACUCAUAGAACUUCUUGCAGAAGAAAGGAGUCUAUUCACUUUAAUUCUUGUCAUUGAUGUCAUCUAGAUUAAAAUAUUUUUGUAGUUUUCUAUUAAAAAUCGUUAAAAAACCUAUUGGAAUUAGUUUUUCAGAAAAGAUUUGCUAAAAAAGCAAAAACAAUCCUCCUUUUGAUUCUAAUCUAUAUAAUAAAGAAAGCAUAUGAAGCAUAUGCUCUGUGCUUAAAAUGAUCUUACUUAAUCAUUUAUUCGUGUGUACAAAAUGGCGUCAAAUUUUUAGUUUUGCUUUAUUUUUUUGGCCAACAAGCUAUGAGCUUCCUGAAUUUUACUUAACACUUGGAGGACCCAACAUUUGGCACAACGCGGAGGAUCAAAUUGGUAAUAAGUACCAGUUGAUAAAAUAUGCUCAGUAAUUAAUUAUUAAUCAAUUUAUUGAACAAGGAUCGAAAGUUUCACUAAUUCUCAAUCUCCUUCAAGCAUUCCUACACCUAAUUACUAAAUAUUUAAUUGAGAAAAUCGUCACUGAAAAAAAAUUGCGUAGAAUCGAUGCAAAAUUGCCAAUUCAAACGACUUUUUUAUCUGCAUUUUUGCAUAAUUUAUUAUUGCGCCUAAAUCAUCACUAACUUUGAUUCUUCAAGUAACUUUUUAGUCAUUUCCGGCAAUAAAAUUAGUCCAAAUUAAUGAUUUUCACCGAGGAAAAGUGAACAAGAGAUCUUGAUUUGGGGAAAUAUGGGGAAACAUAACCUCAAAACAAUGGCUAAAAUGUAUGGGAUUUUGACUGGUAGUUAUUACCAAUUUGAUCCUCCGCGUUGGAUUCUGACUUUGACCUCAAUUAUCUUCCAAAGAAAAGACUUUUAUCGAGAUUUUCUUUCUGCUAUCAUAAAGUAAUUAAAAUUCCCUACACAUAGAUGCUAAAUUCAUCGAGAUAGGUCCAAUAUAUUUUAUUCUGUGAUGAUUUUAAGGUUCAAAUUGGUAUCAAGUACCAGUAAAGUCCUCCGAGUGUUAAAAAUGAGAUAGGCUUUUUUUAUUCGGAGUUUCUAAUUUAUUUUUGGAGUUUUUAUGGAAAAAUUGUGUUGUAGGAAAACUCUCACAUAUUUUGAUCUCAAAGCAAUUGAAAAAAAGUUAAAUUAAUUAAAAAUCAUUCACCUUAUAAGCCUUGACCUGAAAGGUUUAAAUACGUAAAGCAUAUGCUUCAGUGCUCUGAUACGGUGUUUGAGACAAUUGAACGACGACUGCAGUAUAUGCUUUACGAAUUUUAUAAUUAUUUGUCGGUUUAGGUGGAUGUUGGAAUGACGUCCGGUCCAGAAAAAGAAUAAAAGAAAAAGAAAAUAAUUAUUUCUAACGAUUUUUUUAAAACUAUUUUCUCAGAUAUUUAUUAAAAUCACAAUUAAUUCCAUUAAAUCUUUUGUCUUUCGCGUAUUUUAAGAAUAAAAUCAUGGCACGAACAAAGGUGGAUAAUCUCCUUUAUUCCCUUUAUUGCUUCUUAGUGAGCCUUUAAUUUUUUUUUCCACCACAUGUAGUAAAACAAAUUGAAUUAAUUUUAUUUAUUUUAUUAAUUUCUUUUAAAUUAUUUUAUUGUUUUUGUACUUUUAUUUGUAGUUCUUUGACGAACACCUGUAUUUUACAUUUCAACUAUUUACAACAGAGCUUUCAGCUGUUUUUUUGUGAAUUAAUUUUAUGUUUUUUUAUGAGAAAGUUAAUUUAAAACUAACAUAAAUUGUGUGUUAUGAAUUUAAAACAAACAAAAAAUGUCUCAAAAGACACGACUGAAUUUCUUUCUAGAAAGCUAAAGUUUUUCUUACUUAAUUUAAUGUUUUUUAUUUACUUAAAAUGAGUUGGAAAAUGACAAGAAUUUAUCUACAAAUGAGAGAUAAAUUUAUUAAUUCCACUACUGAUGAAUUCUUCAAGAGAAAAGGGCAGAAAUAUGUUUUUAAGUAUUUUUUUUUAAUGUGAGAAAGAAAAAAUAUGAAAACUUAUUGUGAUUUUUUUAUAUAGAAAAGGAAGAGUUUUUAGAUAAAAAAAAACUAUGGUGUUCAAAUACAAAACUUAAUGAUAAAUUAAAAUUAAUUUAGAUAAAUAAGAAUGUACUGUCUAAAGAAAAAGAAAUAGCCCAACGUUGAAAAUUUUUGUGAUUUAUUGAGAAGUAAAAUAAAGUAAGAAUAAAAGAAAAACGAAAAGAAA